AUGAUUAAGUCCCUCAAUCCCAAGGUCACUACUCUAGUGGAACAAGAAUCGAACACCAAUACGACUCCUUUCCUGAACAGGUUUGUGGAGACUCUGGAGUACUAUUUGGCCAUAUUUGAGUCGAUUGAUGUGACCCUUGCAAGGGACAGGAAGGAGCGUAUUGGGUUGGAGCAGCAUUGCUUGGCUAGGGACAUGGUGAAUGUGAUUGCAUGCGAGGGGAGGGAACGGGUGGAGAGACAUGAACUGUUCGGGAAGUGGAAGUCUAGGUUCACAAUGGCUGGGUUUAAGCAGUACCCUUUGAGCUCCUAUGUCAAUUCCGUGAUCAAGAGCUUGCUUAAGUGCUACUCCGACCAUUAUACUUUGAUUGAGAAAGAUGGAGCCAUGUUAUUGGGUUGGAAAGACAGAAACCUGAUCUCUACUUCCGCCUGGUACUAA